AUGCAUCUUUCACUCGGACUGCUGGUGACUUCGUCGCUGGCUGUAGCAGCGACAUCUGCAGAGCCGAGCGCAACGAUUAUUGAAACACCGCGGCCAGGACCGCCGCCGCCAGUGCUGCAAAAUACCACUCUCAUAAAUGAAACAAUCAUUGAAAUAUGUCCGCCUCCACCUACUGUCUUUUUCAACGUCACCGACUAUGUACCCAUCACCGAAACAGCAACAACAACGGUCACCGCCGUAACCACUGCAACAUAUAUAGAUACCACCACUACACCCAUCACCAUUUUCCAGACGAUAAUUUCAACCACAGUCGUGACGGCGACAGCAACAGUGACAACGACAGAGACUGAGACUGAUACGGAGACCUCAACAACAACGACCACGACGCUCUCGAUCAGUCCGACCACGGACACUGCGACAAUAACCAAUACAGCCACAGACACGACAACAGACACCCUUACGGAAACAACAAGCACGACCAACACUGCCACUAAAAUCAUCUCCGAGUACUUGACCACAGAACAGGUCACGAGCAUCACUCUCUGCCCGACAAGAAUAGCCAACCCAACGUAUACGGCGAACGAGCCGUAUCCAACCGACUGGACAUGGGGUUGUCCGCCAGGCUGGCUUUGCCGACCACAGCGACAGAAUUGUAACUUUGAAGCCGGAAUUCCUUCUGAUAAUUUCUAUUGUGCCCCCAAUGAGUGUAUACCUGCGGAGACUCUUCCUGCCUACCUCCCAACAUGGGAUGCCGACAUCUAUGGCAACUCUACACCAAUCACCAACCCAGGCCUCAACGUUCAAGCAAUCGACAACUUCUUCAACAUGGAGCCUCUACAGUUCGGUCUUAGCUACCAGAUCUUCGUCGUCGACGAAGUAUUCACGCUUACAUCAACGUUCCUCGAACAACCUACCCCCACGAUCGCCGCCCGUCAGGCGCAAACCAGUGUCCCUGGAGCAUGUUAUCCGUGGUGUAACAACUGCCUUCUCGAAGCGCAAUCAAGCGGCAAAUCUCCUAAGCUGUGUUUGCCCGGCUCUGCGUUUGAGACGUCACUGAACCAAUGUGAACAAUGCAUCAACGUUCAUCGCGGAGACGAUACAGGCUUUGUCCAGAUUGCGCCGCAGUUCCAGCAGUUCUUGGACUAUUGCGAUCAAUAUGCCACGGUUGUCGUAACGACAUCGGCGACCGUCACCACGAGUAAUGCGGGCGGCACCACGGUCAGCAUUGUCUCCUCGAUACUAUCGACUACAGUGACGCCGAUAGCCUCGGCUUCGACGUCGACAUCGAGCGGCGCACUAGGAUCGAGUACAACCGUCGUAGCAACGACGGCAACGCCAACACCGCCUUCUGCUGCGUCUCCCUCUCCCCCACCGAUCACAACAACGGAAUCGACAACAGCAACAACAACCUACACUGAGACCACCGUCGCAUCGACCGACUGGCCUCAAAUCACCAUCAUCAUGCCCGUUGGGGACAACAGCACCACGACCGUGUAUGGAUCUACUCUUCCCAGCGGCAGCGCCACGCUCGUUCUCCCCAAGGCCGUCAUCUCGAGUCAAGUCACUUCGGACGCCACUGGUUCGGCUGCAUCCGGCACCUCAUCCGCACCGCCGUCUACUUUCACCGGCGCAGGAGUCGCCAUGAAGUUUUCUUCAGGAUGGAACGCGCGGAUGACUAUCCUGCUGGACCUAGUGGUACCCACGCUCCUUUUGCUAGUUUUCUAA